AUGAUUCCUCCCAAAGGUCAACAGAAGAAGAAGAAGAAGAAGAAGACUAUCUUCAAAAAGACCCAUGGCCACGACUUCAAUUGCUUCGUCGGAGUACUAUCUAGGGGGCUAUCUGCCGCUGAAACCACUGAAGAAUGGAGCUUACAGCGGGUCAGUGGAGUGCCUGGAAGCUCUGGAACGCUCCAGGGACCCUGUCCCGGCCACAACCCGGACUGUCGUGUCGAGCCAACGAAAGUCAAAGUGCUGAUCCGAGCUAUCGCAACGUGGAUUAAUGUCAUGUCAAUAGUGCUUUUUGUUUUAUUUUUCUUACCUGGAUUCUUACAACCGGUGCCUGUCGACUUCACCAAUUCAUAA